AGCAAAAUUUGGCAAGCAGGCAAAGAAGGCAUAAAAAAGCGCCCCAGUCCUCGUACACUCGCGCUAAAUCCGUGGAGCUCUCCUCCAUCAAUAACAACCCCCUACAGCGUGUACCCGCGGCGACGGCACAAGCACUCAACACAGCUCUCCACAAGAGCACAGCACUCACAGCACAGCUCUCCACAAGGAGAGCACAGCGCGCCGCACAGCUCUCGAGCGCACCAAUCGAUGCCCCUGUUGCGGAGUUGGUCGUUGUGGCGCUCGAUCCUGCCGAUUCUAGCCGGACCGGCCUUCUGCCUGCUCACCGUCGAGGCCUUCCGAGGCGAUGGACGCGGACCAGAAGCAAAGGAUCGCAGCCAACAAGGCGGCAGCUUUGGCGAAGCUCGCCGCGAAGAAGAAGCGUAAGUCCGACCAGGCAGCGACGCAACCCAAAAAGCCGCGCACGGCCGACGACUGCGAUACGUGCGGUGCUUUGGCCGACGCCGCGUUUCGCACUGCGUUUUCCAUCCAAACGUGCAAUGCGUGCCGGCGACGCGACCCUUCCCUCGACCUGCUCAACGCGACGGACGCGGCGCGAACUUAUUUGCUGCCCCAGGCCACGCUCAAAUGUUUACCUACGUUAGAGCGGGAGAACCCGCGCCAGCCGACGUGGACGCCGAUGCGGCUGUUUCUGCGGCGGCAUCUGGUGGAACACGCCAAUAGACGGUGGGGCGACGAGGCUGGCUUGGAAGCGGAGCGGAGGCGCCGCGCCGCGGCGAAGGUGAAAAGGGAUGACGCGAAGGCGAAGGACUUCUUUAGCUAAUUCAUGUUAGUAUUCAAA